AUGCUUAUUCCUGUCGCUGUCCGCAAAUCUAUUUAUGAAUAUCUUCUAAAUGAAGGUGUAAUGACGGCUAUUGAGGAUCCCCGACCUAAAGUUCUCCAUCCGGCUGUCAAGGUGAGGAACUUAUACGUUAUGAACGUAUUGAAAUCCCUCGCUUCACGUGGUUAUGUACGUAAACGGUUCGCCUGGAGGACUUACUACUGGUUCCUCACCAAUGAAGGAAUUGAUUAUCUGCGCGAGGUCCUUCACCUUCCCACGGAAAUCGUUCCAUUUACCCUUAACAAGCCAACUAUUGAUACCGCUAGACUUGGAAUGACAGGUCCAUCUGGACCCAGAAUGCCAAAUGAUGGCCGAGGUGCCUAUCGUUGUGGCGCUGUGGGAGCACCUGAGACUGGCAAAGAUGCCCCCGUUGUUCCCGAAGGCGAAAUUAAUUUUCGUGGUUAA